UGACCACAAAUAAAACAUAAUAGUCAACACGAAGAAGAUACAAACCAAAUCCUGGGCAAAGACGAAGAAGGCCAAGACCUCGGCCUCCCCAUCAUCGUCCAGUUUUGUCCACCUGGUUUCCCCCCAAAUUCCCCCGCCCUGGAUUCGCCUUCUUCCCCCUUCCUCCAUGGCCGGCCGCCUCCAAAAGCUUCUGAUUGGGCACAGUUUUUAUAUCGAUAAAGAUUUUUGCGAGGAAAAUUGCUACGGACCCGAACCGGUCGACCCGAACAAGUACAACCAAUGUUAUUACUGUCCAAAAUGCCCUAAUUCCUGCAAUCUGCCGAACAAUGGAAUCCAACCACCACCGCCACCGCCACCGCCGCCGCCGGCCUCUGUUUCUAACAAACAAUUGAAGCUUCACGCUCUCCUGACGGCGGCAAUCGUCGUCCUCGCCGUCGCUUUCGUCUUUUUCACUUGCUUCACCGUCUACCGAUUCUAUACCUACUGGUGCGGCUCGCGGCGGCGGACGGGAUCGGCGCCACCCCAGCGCGACGGAGACGACGGGCGGAGUGAGUUUCUUGACGAAGACCACGGCCCCGUGGUUGACCACCCGAUUUGGUACAUCCGGACCGUCGGCCUCGACCCGGCCGUGAUCCGGUCCAUCGCCGUCGUGAAAUACACGCGCGGCGGCGGUCUGAUCGACGGCACGGAUUGCUCCAUCUGUCUCAGCGAAUUUCAGGACGACGAGAUUCUCCGUCUCCUCCCCAAAUGCAAUCACGCUUUCCACCUAUCCUGUAUCGACACGUGGCUCCGAUCCCACACCAAUUGCCCCAUCUGCCGUGCAAGAAUCCUCCUCAACAAUACGCCGCCGCCGCCUGCGGCGGCGGCGGCCCGCAACGAAGAAACCCUAAUUCGAAUUCCGGAGACCGGCGGGGAAACCCUAGCAGAGUCGGAGCCUUCUGCAAUUGAAUCCAUGGCGGAAAUUGGAGUUCCGGCGGUCGAUGAAAGGAACAGAUUGGGUCCAUUACAACCUGCGAGGAGGUCCGUGUCGGUCGACUCCUUGUCCGCGUCGAUGAUUGGCUCCGCGAUAGCUGAUUUUGGAGGGAACUGUGAGAAACAAUUGGACGCCAUUAAACAGAAGAGCAGUGUAGGGAAGCCAUUAAUGUCGGGAAGCCCUUCUGCUGUAAAAAGGUCCCAAUCUUGCAGCGCAAAGGUUUUCAAAUAAAUAAGAUUAAACCUCAAUUCGAUGAUUUUCAUACUGCUCGAAUGCUUAGAUAAUAUAUAGUUUUAUGGCAAUAAUUAUGGAGGUUUGGAUCUUCGAGUUGUAUGUAUCCAAGCAAAGCUUUUGUAAAUGUACAUCUAAAUUGAGCCCCUUUCUUACAUGAUUUUUUAGGGUUCCUGAAAGUUGCAGAGUAAAAUUUGUGUAUGUAUUCCUUACGCAUGUCAGUAUUUUAGCUAACUUGGUUAGGCAAGAGUGAGGACUACAUUCUUUAGAAGUUAGAUAUACAUACAUAUAUAUAUAUAUAUACACGUGUAUACAGACAUUGCUGCCAAUCAUUGAACUUCAAUAAUUGAGCUUUGAUUAUCAAGUUAAA